AUGGAAAUAAAACUGGUUUUAAUGUGUGUUAUUCUAAAAACUGUGUGUGCAAACAUUUCAAUAAAUAUAAGAACUGAUUCAGGUAUAAAUAAUGUGUCGAUUACAUAUGAUGGCUCGGACUCUCAGGUGGUGAAUGCUCUCGACAUUGAUCGAUUCAAUCUGAAAAGUCAGAUUUUCAAGGAAGCUGUUAAAACUCAUUUUGGCGAGAAACCAAGCAAUAUCUAUUUCAAAUCGCCUACACCUUGGGAUGAUCUGUACAAAACGUACAACUGGGAACAAGUUACAAGAGUAAUAACAGUGAAAUCUGCAAGGGUACGUGACGUUACAGUCAAACCAGUCAUAGUAUUGUCACAUGAUUUCGAAAAUUCGUCAAACAAAACCAUCAAAGUUAACACUGGUAUAAGUCAGACGAUUGAACACACAGUAUCAACAAGUUGGUCUAAAAAUCAAGAAGUUUCCAUUUCACAAGAAGUUGAAUACGAUUUAAAUAUUUUGGUAGCAAAGUUAUCCGGUACUACUGGACUGACGUACACCUCUAGUCUAGGGAAGAGCGAAGAGAAAUCUGAAUCGGUAACUGUCGGAGCGACUAGUGCUGUCGAAACGGAAUUGGCACCGGGACAGGCCGUGACAGCUGUUCUUUCAGCCAAACGCGGCCAUUUUGAAAUUGAGGUGGUAUACAAAACCACAUUGCAAGGAAAAUUAGCUGUAAAUUUCAAACGUGGGCACAAUGGGCACCAUUUUUAUGGGCCUUCGAUCACGAAGAUUUUUAAAAGCGGAGGAUUGAAAAAUGAGAUAACGGAGACGGAGCACAUUAAAGUUGGGUUUUAUUCUGAAGCUUCAUUGAAAGUUUUUGAUAAAACUACAGGGUUACCGGUGUAA